GACUUCCUUUCCAAUUCAACAACCACCUACAUCUUAAUUUCCACGAUUUGCAACUUGUCAUAUUCUGCAUAUAGAGCUCUGGAAUACAGGAGCAAUGGCCGACCAAUUUCAAUUCUCACGCCAGGCUGAAGCGGGCGACUUCGACAACAAAAGCCAAAAGAGUGAAACAAAUCAGGAUGUGACUCAUGACGCAGUCUUUGGUGAGAUCAAUGAGGAUGGACCAGAUUAUCGAAGUGUUGGCGCUUUGGGUUCGACUGCCCUCAUGCUCAAGACCAAUUUAGGUCUUGGUGUCCUUUCAAUUCCAGCUGUUUUUGACACGUUGGGUAUGAUUCCCGGUAUCAUAUGUGUCCUCACCAUGGCUACGAUCACGGGAUGGUCACAGUACAUGAUUGGAGUAUUCAAGAGAAAGCAUCCAGAAGUGUACGGUAUUGAAGAUGUUGCUGGUAUAAUUUUUGGAAAUGUCGCUCGUGAGGUCGUUGGCGCUGCAUUCUUUCUUUUCUGGGUUUUCGUCUCUGCAUCUGGUAUGCUCAGUGUUUCAAUCGCUUUGAAUGCGUUAUCGACUCAUGCUACUUGCACUGCUGUGUUUGUGGUUGUUGCAGCGAUCAUUGCUUUCAUUUUCUCCAGUAUCCAAACCCUAGGCAAGAUCACCUGGCUUGCAUGGAUCGGUGUAGCCGGUAUUAUCACUGCUAUUCUUACUCUCACAAUCGCUGUUGGCGUUCAAGGAAAACCAGCCGACGCUCCUGUCACACCAGGUCCUUACAAGUCCGACUUCAAGCUUUUUGGUUCUCCAUCAUUCACUGAUGCUAUAUCUGCUUGUGGUUCGCUUGUUUUCUCCUUUGCUGGAACUCCUGGUUACUUCAACAUUCACUCAGAGAUGCGCAAUCCAAGAAACUACACUCGUUCGGUGUAUAUCAGUCAAGGCUUCAUCACGUCUAUGUACAUUGCAAUCGGUAUUGUCGUCUAUUACUUCUGUGGUUCCUACGUCGCGUCACCUGCUCUCGGCUCCGCAGGUGAUACCAUGAAGAAAGUCUGUUACGGUCUUGCUCUUCCUGGUCUCUUGGUUAGCACCAUCUUGCUUUCUCAUCUUCCAGCAAAAUUCCUCUUCCUCCGUCUCCUCCGUGGAUCCAAGCAUCUUACUGUCAACUCCAUGACCCAUUGGAUGGUCUGGCUCGGCUGCACUUUCUGCGUCAUUAUCUGCGCCUACGUUAUCGCAAGUGCAAUUCCAAUUUUCGGUGGUCUCAUCUCCCUCAUCGGUGCUCUUUUCGGAACCCUUUUCAACUUCCAACCAUUCGGUAUCAUGUGGUUUUACGACAACUGGGGCUUCAGAAAGACCCAAAGAUCGCGCUCUUGGAUCUUCAUGUGCUGCUGGAGCAUUUUCGUCAUUGUCAUCGGUUCAUUUUUGAUGGUUGCUGGUACUUAUGGAUCGAUUGUCGCUAUUAUCGAUUCCUAUAGCUCGGCUGGAGGAUCGAGUUCCUUCAGUUGUGCGGAUAACUCGAAUUCCGUUUAAACUGAAAAUGGAAGGAGGGGAGUAAUAAUAUCAGGCCAAGCAUAAGUCUUGGUACUAUCGAGCCGCGGAGACCCUGGAUCAAAAUUUCGACGAGAGGAUCCUUAAGAAGGGAUGAGAAUUCACGCCAAGUGCAGAUGCCGCGCCGAAUUCUCUUGUGUAAUACACAUCCACCUUAACUUCAACCGCUUGAAGAUUUCGAGUAAUCCUACGAGAAAAACGAAAGGCAGCCAAAGUCAAGUCCACCCCGCCAUUCCCGAAACAUCGAACUCUACACCCGGAGUACGAAAUUCUAGACCUAACGUAUUCCGGAUUUUCUUCACACGCACCAGGCCACAAGUUAUCAUUGUGCACUUCACCAAAACUCUCUACCAAACGUCAUAUUCACAAUUGUUGAACUAGAAUUGUUUUUAGAACUAGAAUUAUUUUAUAGUUAAGACUAGAAAUGUCCAUCAAGGUUUUUUGGGAGGGGGGGAAAGAAAAGCAGUCUAGUAUAGCUAGAAGGUACUAGUUACUAGUUAUCGUUAGCUUCAAAAAGAUCAGGAACAGGCACGCACAAAAGUUAAAUAGAUAAAAGGAAGUUCAGGAUGAAAGCGGGACACCAGACGGGCGGGCAAAAGUUUACAAAAGUUUAAAAAGUCACAUCGAUUGACGUAUGUAUGUAUUAUGAUAGUCAAAUGAAUAAUUUUAAUUCGAUCCUCGAUAUCUUGUGGAAAUGUUUUCUUCUCUUUGCA